AUGGACGAGACUGACGCAUUAACUAACACUUUCUCAGAAGAAGGAAGAAUUCAUCAAGUCGAAUAUGCUAUCAAGAGUAUUAGUUCUGCUGGUGCUUCUUUAGGUCUUUGUUUCAAGAAUGGGGUUGUUUUACUGGGAAAGAACACUGAAACUAAUACUACUCUUAUUCCAGAUGAGAAGAUUUACAAUAUCAAUGAUAAUGUUUAUGCCGUAGUAGGAGGUCUUUAUGCCGAUAGUAAUGUCUUAGUAAACUAUGCUCGUUUAAAAGCCCAAGAGUUUCUAGAGGAGUAUGAUCAGCCGAUGAGCCCUUGGAUGGUAGCUAAGACUAUUGCUCGUAUUCAACAAGACUUUACGCAAAAAGGAGGAAUGCGGCCCUUUGGAGUAGCUUUGCUUAUUGCUGGGUAUGAUACAGUUCGUGGUUAUCGCUUAUUUAGUACCGAUCCUAGUGGUACGCCAGUUGAAUGGACAGCCCAUGCAUUUGGCGAGGGAGAGAAGACCAUAGUAGCAGCUUUAGAUACACCGGAUCUUUCUGCUCCAAUGGAUGCUGCUAUUGCCCGAGCCUUCAAAGCUCUCUCUUCUGCCUCUGAAGGCCAGACUAAUGAGCAAGCCAUUGCCUGCACAAUCCUCUAUACCAAUGAGGAGGGUAAGCACUGUGUAAGAACAAUGAAGACCCCAGAGAUAGCCGAAGCCCUCAGAGCCGCCAAAAAUGAAUAA